AUGGAGCCAGAAAAUCUAACACAGAUUGCAGAAUUCCUCCUCCUGGGACUCUCAGAGGACCCAGAGCUGCAGCCCAUCCUCUUUGGCCUGCUGCUGACCAUAUACCUGGUCACCGUUGUUGGGAACCUGCUCAUCAUCCUGGCUGUCAGCUCUGACUCCCACCUCCACACCCCCAUGUACUUCUUCCUCUCCAACCUGGCCCUCACUGACAUCUGUAGCACCUCCACCUUAGUCCCUAAGAUGCUGCUGAACAUCCAGACAGAAAGCAAAGCCAUCUCCUAUGCAGGCUGCCUCACUCAGGCAUAUUUUUUCAUGGUUUUUCUAUGUAUGGACAAUUUACUGCUGACUGUGAUGGCCUAUGAUCGCUAUGUGGCCAUCUGCCACCCCUUGCAUUACAUGGUCAUCAUGAACCCCCGCCUCUGUGUCCUGCUGGUUCUAAUCUGUCUGCUCAUCAGCACUGUGGAUGCCCUGGUGCAUGCUCUGAUGUUGCUGCGCCUCAUGUCAUCCGAAAACCAAACACUUGCAGCAGAAUUCCUCCUCCUGGGACUCUCAGAGGACCCAGAGCUGCAGCCCAUCCUAUUUGGACUGUUCCUGACGAUGUACUUGGUCACUGUUGUUGGGAACCUGCUCAUCAUCCUGGCCACCAGCUCUGACUCCCACCUCCACACCCCCAUGUACUUCUUCCUCUCCAACCUGGCCCUCACUGACAUCUGUAGCACCUCCACUGUGGUCCCUAAGAUGCUGCUGAACAUCCAGACAGAAAGCAAAGCCAUCUCUUAUGCAGGCUGUCUCACUCAGCUAUGCUUUUUUGUGGUUUUUGUAUGCAUGGACAAUUUACUGCUAACCGUGAUGGCCUAUGAUCGCUACGUGGCCAUCUGCCACCCCUUGUAUUACAUGGUCAUCAUGAACCCCCGCCUCUGUGUCCUGUUGGUCCUGAUCUGUCUGCUCAUCAGCACUUUGGAUGCCCUGGUGCACACUCUGCUGUUGCUGCGUCUGUCUUUCUGCAAACACCUGGAGAUCCCCCACUUCUUCUGUGAUCUGACUCAGAUGCUCAAGAUGGCCUGUUCUAAUACCCUCAUCAAUAACAUUGUGGUUUAUUUAUCAACCAUGCUGUUGGGUAUUGGUCCUGUGUCUGGCAUAAUUUUUUCAUAUACUCGAAUUGUUUCCUCCAUCCUGAGAAUCCCGUCCACUGGUGGAAGGUAUAAAGCUUUUUCUACCUGUGGGUCUCACCUGUCGGUGGUUUCCUUGUUCUAUGGGACUGCUCUUGGGGUUUACCUUAGUUCUGCAGUUACUGAUUCUCCCAGGAAGGCUACAGUGGCCUCUGUGAUGUAUGCGCUGGUCACCCCCAUGCUGAACCCCUUCAUCUACAGCCUGAGGAACAAGGACAUGAAGGGGGCCUUGAGAAAACUCACCCUUGGAACAUUUUCCUUUUCAUGA